CUGUGGCCCUCCAACGAACACGAGCGAGAGAGCUUGUGGCUGGUCCGUGUUUUGAAGAUAGAUGUUGGAGAUAGGGCGGGAGAGCGAAGGAAGGAGAGAAUUGGUGGGUAGAAGAUAGAAAAUUCCAGGCGGUGAAGACGUUGUGGGUACACAGAGUGAGAGCCGGAGAGCGACACAGCACACUCCCCUCCAAUGGCGCUCUUCCGGACAACGUUCAGAGGCACCGAGAUGAGGCCCCCCGUCCCCAACAUCUCACGACGCACAUUGGCGAACGGUGAUCCCGCACCUCGGGUCGUGCGCUGCAAAGAUGCCAACAACGGCCCCUCAUCGAGCAAUCAGUUGACUGUAUCCAUCACGGGGGCGACAGGAUUUAUUGGCAGAAAAUUAGUCCAGAGAUUACUGGCAGAAAACCACAAUGUCCGUGUUUUGACAAGGUCUACAUCAAAAGCAAGGUCAGUGUUUCCUGCACAGGAAUUCCCUGGCAUAGUAAUUGCAGAGGAUCCUGAAUGGGGAAACUGUAUCGAGGGUUCAAGUGCCAUAGUCAACUUGGCUGGGAUGCCCAUAAGUACCCGAUGGUCUCCUGAGAUCAAGAAAGACAUCAAGCAGAGUAGAGUAGAUGUAACAUCAAAGGUUGUUGGGUUAAUUAAUCAAUUGGAUGAUGAUGUUCGGCCCUCAGUCUUCAUAAGUGCAACAGCAAUCGGUUACUAUGGCACUAGCGAAACAAAAGUAUUUGAUGAACAAAGUCCUUCAGGAAGUGAUUAUUUGGCAGAGGUUUGUAGAGAAUGGGAAGCCAGGGCAUCAGGUGUUGAUAAGAAAGUUCGUUUGGUUCUUAUUCGUAUAGGGGUCGUUCUUGGCAAAGAUGGUGGUGCUCUAGCCAAAAUGAUUCCUCUUUUCAACUUGUUUGCUGGAGGACCUCUGGGAAGUGGACAGCAAUGGUUUUCUUGGAUCCAUUUGGAUGACCUGGUGAAUCUUAUUAUGGAGGCUUUGGUAAAUCCAACUUAUAAAGGAGUUAUCAAUGGAACUGCUCCAAAUCCAGUUCGUUUGUCAGAGAUGUGUAACAACUUAGGAAAGGUCAUGGGUCGACCUUCAUGGUUGCCUGUUCCGGAUUUUGCACUUAAAGCUGUCCUAGGAGAAGGUGCCACCAUCGUUUUGGAUGGACAGAAGGUGCUUCCUUUAAGGGCAAAGGAACUCGGCUUCUCGUACAGGUACCCGUAUAUAAACAAUGCGCUCAAAGCCAUAAUGUCUGAUGGUAUUUGAGAAAACUUAUAGAUAGCCCUCCAUUCUUCUCUCCAAACUGUUCUCUUGAUUGUCCUCGUCCUGAAGAUAGACACGUGACUUGGAUGAUGACACCGGGAGUUUUGCUGGCAACUUCCAUGCUAAGAAUCAGAAAAAACCAAGCUCGACAUGGUGAAAUAGGAGGAUAUUGAAUAUUUGUUAAGUUGGGAACUCGAAACUGGCUUGAUUAAAAGUUCAUGGUGAUUGUGCUUUCUAAGAUUGCGAUAAUCUUCAAGUUCUUUGAUUGGCAGUAAGCAUGUGCAUGUGUGCUUGUGGAACUCUUGCUUAAAUGGAGAGAAACAGAUGUCAAAUUUGUGAUA